AUGUCUGAGCAAUCAUCUCGAGAAACAUUUCGUGUAACUCAAGAAGAAGGAGAAAAUACAUCACAACAACAAAUAUUUUCUCAAUCACCGCAACAAUUAAGGAUACAUUUUUCAUACGACCAGAAUGUGCCAUCAAUUCCGGAAUUAUUGACACGGGAAUACGCAAUCUCAGAUUCAUCUCGACGAAUCAUUGAGAAUAUGAGUGCAGAUGAACUUCAAGAAAUGUUUAUGCCAUCAUCAGCAUCAGCUAUUCAACAACCAUAUUUACGGAUGACUCUUCGGCAUGCACUUCAACGAAUACAAGCAGCACAGCAACGAUAUUUGGAUCGAAAUCAAUUUGUCAUACAAUUACCUAUGCAAGCUAAUCAACAAUCAACCGAACUAAUUCAGCAAGCAAAUGCACAACAACAAUUGCCACAAAUGCCAUCUCAACAAUUGCAAUCAAUGUUUCAUGUGCUAACUCCUAGCAGUACUAGCAAUAGUACAAAUGCGCAAAUGUUUCGACAAUUUCCUCAAUCACAAGCAAAUUCAAAUUUAACACCACAACAAUCUCAACAACAACAACAACAACAACAAACACAUAUGCAAAGUGCUUCGCAACCAUUCCUUCAGCAAUCAAAUUCCCAAAAUAAUCAUUUAAUUACCCAAUCAUCACAACAAAUAAAUCAAUCCCUACUACAAUCACAACAAAUUUCUCAACAACAAAAUAGCACAGCAAUACAACAGCUAUUGCUACGAUUAUCACAGCAAAUACCAACAUUACCAUCACAACAGUCACUUCAGCAAACACAACCAAUGCUUGUUCAAGUCCUUCAACAAUCUUCCGCUACAUCGGAACCAUUCCGUCCGGAACAGGAGCAACAGCGACAACAGCAGCAGCAACAACAGAGACUGACGUUCGCUCUAUUCUGGACAGUGAAGUUACCUCACCUUGGAAUGAAAAGUACCGACAACUUUCACACAUCAUUGCCGAAGUUUUGGAUGAUUAUAGUCUUGUAUGUACGCUUUGUCCCGUUAGAUAUUGGAGACGAUGAAUCGAUCAGUGAUCUUCUAUUACUCAUUGAUAACACAAUACAGCAUGGCGAGGAUUUGGAGGUGAAAGAUCGUUAUCCGGAAGAAGUGGAUGAUAGCAAUGCUAUUUACUAA